UAGACGGAACAGUUGCAAAGUUGUGAAAUAGGGUCUUGUAAGUUGAAGCCCUUAUUUCAAAAUAAGUUGAAAAGUCCGAAUCCAAUAAGCAGUAGUACAACAGUGGAAGUUGCAAAAAAUUCAAUUUUGGUGAUCAUCUGCGUAAUUGCGUUUCUGCGUCGCGGGAUACAUACACAAUGGCUACACUGAAUACGCCAGUAAAGAAAAACAAAAAAACGCCGGCAAAGAAAACGUAUGUACAACACGAAGAAGCAGAAGAAGAGGUGACGUCGAAAUAAGAACUUGUGGUAGAGAACGAAAUGGAAGAGGAAAAUGAAAAAAGAGUGACCAGCAGUGUAUCUGACAAAGUUGACCAAAUGCUGCAGCUGUUAAGUUUGAAAAUAGAAGUUGAUGAAAAACAAAGUGGCCAGAUUAAGAUUGCAGCCGAUAAGUUUGAAAAAGUUGUGGCCGAUUACGAUGGAAAAUCGAUACCAGAAAAGUGGUUUGAAAUUUUCGAAAGAAAUGCGGAUGCCUACGAGCUUUCAGAAAAACAGAAGUAUGUACAAGCCAGAGGCAAGAUGGUUGGAACAGCCAAGCUAUUCCUGGAUUCUGAAGAUGUGUGCGGUUACGAAGAACUGAAACGUAGUGUGAUCGAAGAGUUUGCAUGCAGUGUCAAUAGUGCAGAUUUACACAAGAAGCUGCAGGAUAGAAAGAAGAAGAAAGAUGAGUCAAUGCACGAGUACAUGUUGCAAAUGAGGAAGAUAGCUGCACUUGGGGACAUUGAAGAUAUUGCUGUAAUUAAUCACAUAGUAAAUGGACUCGAUAUUAAAAAUGAAUAUAAGUACAGUAUGUUGCGAUGUAAGUCACUUAAGUCAUUGAAAGAAGAGUUUGAGAUUUACGAUAAGCUGAAUGUGAAUGAAAAGAAGAGUGAGCAACAGAAAACGAAUGUUAACAACAAGCAAAUGACGUCAGCUGGUAACAAAGAUCAUUGCUAUAAUUGCGGUUCGACAGAGCAUAAAAGAAAGGAUUGCAAUGCCAGCACAAAAUGCUUUAGUUGCAAUAGAGAGGGUCAUAUUUCGCGUAAUUGUCCUACAAAAGUUGAAAAAGUUAAUAAAGUUGUAUACGAGAACAGACGCACCAAAAAGAUAAAAGUCAACAAUCUUGAAGUAGACUGUCUGGUGGACACAGGAUCGGAUGUGACGUUGAUAAAGGCAAAUAUCGUAGAUCAAAUGAAGAACGUAGAGCUUACUAAGACUAUCUCAGUAUUGCGUGGAUUGGGCAAUGCCACGACACAACCAACUGGAUGUUUCAACGCGCAAGUAGUGGUCGAUCGGCUGUCAACUGACCAAAAUUUUAUUGUUGUGCCUAGCAAUAAAAUGGAAUACGAUGUACUGCUAGGGCACGAUUUCAUCAAUAAAUUUCGCAUGGUUGCUGACAAGCGAGGAUAUACUUUGAAUAUGGAAGGAAGCUCGAUACAUAAUGAUGAGUAUGAAGUAUAUAAUAUUUGCGAAGAGUCUUCUUUUACAGUUUCGCCAAAGUAUCGAAAGCCUGUCGAGCAGUUGAUAGAGGACACCUACGAGAGGCCGCCGCAAGUUGUUAAACAGUGUCCUGUCGAGCUAAAGAUAGUGCCAGAUGGAGUGGUUAAGCCGUUUCGCCAUCCACCUGCUCGGUUAUCACCAGAUGAAGCUGCCGCUGUACAGAAGCAAGUAGAAGAGUGGAUUGAUCACGGAGUCGUACGCAAAUCAUCGCCAAAUGUUGCAAGCCGAGUAGUUGUUGUUAAAAAGAAGAAGCGUCAAAAGCAACGUGAGGAGGCGAUACGAAAUAUAGAGCAGACACAGCAGGUCUACAAACGCAAUUUUGACAAGAAGCGCCGGCUAGAGCAGACAUAUAAAAUUGGAGAUCUGGUCGCCAUAAAGAGAACGCAAUUUGUCGCCGGACGUAAGCUGGCAAGCGAGUAUCUUGGUCCAUACGAGAUAACAAAGACGAAGGGAAAUGGGCGAUAUGACGUUCGCAAGGCAGCUGAUGUUAAAGGGCCUAAUAUCACUGCUUCUAGCUGCGACAAUAUGAAGCUCUGGAGGUUUGUGAUGGACAACGAAGAGUUACUGUCAUCUGGGACAGAUGAAGAAGAUCAGGAGGGCCGAAUGUAAACAGGUCACUUCUGUUAAUAAUAAGUUUAGCGAUCCGGCAGCUCAUGCACUCUGUUAAAUAUGAAGAAGAACAAGAGUUGCGAACGCGCUUCACUCCUUGAAAAGUCGCGAAGGUGUUAAGUCGUUGCUGCAAAAAAAGUCGUAGUUAUAAAAUAUAAUGCGUAGUAUUAUUCACUCAUUCAAGUUUUCACGAUUUAUAAUAAACAAUUAAUUUACUUUUAAUAAAAUACUUUACAUACAUAUAUACGUGAUGAGCACACACUGCUCACCAUGUUUUGAACUGAACAGACAUGCCUCCGUGUGUGCUCCGUGUGAGA